GUCAACAGUCGGCCUCAGUUUGCCAUUCAGUGUCGAACGGAGUGUUCGUUUUUCUUUGCACAAACACACGUGAAGUUUAAUAAAUUAAAAAUUAAAAGAAAGUUGUGAUGAGUACGAACGGUGUUUCGGAACGCAGUGAAAAUGGGCGGGAAAAAAAUCAAAAUGGCUCCCACAUGUCAGCUGAUUCCUCGGGAGCUAGCGCCAAGGUGUUGGCCAAUGUGAAGAAGUCCAGAAGUUUUAUGGAACUGUCCAUCAGCAGCACUAAUUCGGUCAAGAGCCUCGGCAGGAACGAGAGGAGAGUACUGGUCAUCUACACUGGCGGCACCAUAGGCAUGGUGAAGAAUAGAGAAGGAGUUCUGAUACCCCAGAACGGUGCCUUUGAGAAUCUCAUCCGAGGGUAUCCUCAGCUUCACGACACUGCCUACUGGAGGCAGAGGCUCAGUGAAUCAGGAUUUCAGACUUCAUACUUAGUCUUACCAGAAACCAAAGAUUUAGAUCUGAGGGUGUUUUACAAAAUUUAUGAAUAUGAAACUCUAUUGGACUCAUCCAACAUGACUGAAAGGGAAUGGGUGCAAAUAGCUGAAGAUAUUAUGAAAAACUACGACCAAUACGAUGGAUUCGUGGUAUUGCACGGCACCGACACUCUGUCGUACACUGCCUCGGCGCUCUCCUUCAUGUUUGAAAACAUCGGGAAGUGCAUUGUAUUAACUGGAUCUCAGAUACCGAUAUUCGAGCCUCGCAGUGACGGAGCCGACAACUUCGUGUCGUCGUUGCUGAUCGCAGGAGGGCUCAACAUACCCGAGGUGACGCUGUUCUUCGGCAGUAAACUCUUCAGGGGGAACAGAACUCGAAAGAUCUCAGCAAACAAUCUGUACGCCUUCGACUCUCCCAACUGCGUGCCUCUAGUGGAAGUGGGACUGGACUUCGAGCUGAACAAGAAGGCGAUAUUUAAGCCGAAAGUCAUCGAGAAGUGUCGACUGCACGCGAAGAUGUCGAAGAAUGUGGGGCUGCUGAGGAUAUUCCCGAGCAUCAGCUCUUCAGUUAUAAAGGCGUUCUGUCAGCCGCCCAUCGAGGGUGUAGUUCUCGAAAGCUAUGGAGCUGGGAACAUACCAUCAAAUCGUCAAGAUAUAUUCGACGAGAUCUGCAAGGCGGUGCAGCGUGGGGUGAUAGUUGUCAACAUCACUCAGUGCUCCACUGGCGCUGUGGCCUCGCCGAUAUAUGAGACUGGACGACUCUUAGCAAGAUGUGGAGUGGUGUCAGGCUACGACAUGACUCCAGAAGCAGCGCUCACCAAACUAUCUUAUGUCUUGUCAAAGUCUGAACUGAGCUAUCAGGAGAAAGUUGAAAUGAUGUCCAUGAACAUAAGAGGAGAAAUGACUACAGCAUCGUCUAUAGCUGUAGAGGACCACACCCUCGUCGACGCAUUGGCUACCAGCCUGAAUAUCCAAUCGCCGAAGAUGCUGGUAGAAGUGACGGAAAAGGUGUUCGGCGCUUUGCUCCUGCACGCCAUAGAGAAGCACGACGAGUUAUCCGUCAAGAAGAUGCUUGAUAUGGGAGCUGAUGUAAACGCGCCAAACUCCGAAGGCAAGACUCCGUUACACGAAGCUAUACUCAGAGGGAACACUUCGAUAGUCGAAUACAUGCUGAAGCAGGGAGCUAACGUGCAUUUGAAAACAAGAUGUGGUGAGCCACCACUUCUCAUGGCAGUCCACCAAGACGACCCAGCCAUGAUCGAGCUGCUCCUCAAAUGCGGGGCGAAUCUCUCCAGCGUGGAAACGAACACGCUCUCCGAAAUGAUCUCACUAGCAGCCAGGCGAGGGUCGGUGCAGAAACUGCAGCUUCUGAAGAUGGCUGGUGCUGACUUGAAUGUAGCUGAUGAAAUGCAGCAGACGCCUUUACAUAAAGCCGUGCUAAGCAAUAACAUAGAAGUGGUUCAGUACCUUGUGCACAACGCCGACUGUAAAGAAUCUAAAGAUGUCAUGGACUACACGCCGCUGGAUUACGCUCGCAAACUCAAUUAUAGUAAAAUACAGAGGGUACUUGGUGAUUAAAUUAAUUGUGCAAAUAAUGUACUGUGUUUUAU